ACCCAAUAAUCUUGACAGAGUUUGAUGUCUUUGGCAUGACAGUUAUAACAGCAACCCUUUUCUCCCAUUCUCCAGGGCGCCGACGGCUCCAAAUUCUGGCGGAAUUUCUCCGCUUCAGCGCCUCAAUCGGUGCCGAGUGCCGCUUUUGCGGGGGAUCAUCAUCGUCGACUGGACUUAAAAUAUGUCUGCAUCCCCUUCUCCAUUUUCAGAAGACAUGCCGUGUGGAGUGCAACUCUCCUAGCACACAUGUUGAUGGAAAAUGGUCAAGGAGCAAUGCCAGGAUGAAACCCCUGCUGUCCAUGGUGUGGCAACGGCGAUCGACUGGGAAGGACCCGAUGACGCCGACAAUCCUCGCAACUUCUCCCUACGCCGGCGCGUAUCGUCGACAAUAGCGGUCACCUUCCUCGCGUUUGUCAGUACCUUGGCUGCUUCCAUCUACAGCCCAGCCCAUGACGACGUCUCCACCAACUUUGGUGUCUCAGACGAGGUCGCUAUUCUACCAUUGUCCUUGUACAACUUUGGACUGGCGUUCGGUCCGCUCGCUGGGAGUCCUUUGAGUGAGACUUUUGGGCGCAAAGUGGUAUUCUUGACCACUACGCCUCUUUUCGGCCUCUUCAUCCUCGGUGCAGGACUUUCUCCCAGCGCGCCAUCAUUGAUAAUCUGCAGAUUCUUUGCUGGGGUCUUCGCUUCACCCGCUAUCAGUAAUGCCUCUGCAACGAUUAUCGACUAUACUGCUGGACGGUACCGGGCUGUGUCACUUGCAUUUUACUAUUCCAUACCGUUCUUCGGGGCGGUGUUCGGUCCUCUACUCGGAGGUUUCAUCGUCGAGCGCAAAAGUUGGCGCUGGACACAAUGGGUUACUCUAUUCUUCAUCGUUACAUUCUACAUCCCCAUCUUGUUCACGAAAGAGACCUACAAGAAGACGAUACUGCAGCGACGCGCCAGAAGGCUGAACGUGCAAGGUCCGCCUGAGCAUAAGCGAUCAGUUGUUGCCUCAGCUAAGCACUUCUUCACCACCCUUCUGGUCCGACCGGUGCAUAUGAUCUUGACCGAGCCAAUCGUCACCCUGGUUUGCCUGUACAAUGGCUUCCUCUUUGGACUCAUGUACACCUUUGUUGUAGCAUCACCAUGGAUCUUCCAGCAUUACUACGGGUUUGACCUUACAGGCCAGUCCUUAUCCUUCCUUGGUCUGAUGGCUGGCACUGCUUUUGCACCUGGCCCUCUCAUCCUGAUCGAUGCCUACAUCUAUCAACCUCGACUCAAACAAUACCGAAACGAGCAUCCUGAAGCUGAGGGACGUUCUCCGCCUGAGUACCGCUUGUAUCCAAGCAUGAUCUCCUCCUUCAUGUUGCCUGCAUGUCUGUUCAUCUUUGCCUGGGCGACGCGGCCGAACAUACAUUGGAUUGUGCCAAUCAUAUUUCAAGGUCUCGCGAUCAUGACGACUGUGAUGACCUAUUCCUCUGCAAAUCUGUUCAUGGUCGAUUCGUAUGGGCCACUGUAUGGUGCGUCAGCAGCUGGAGCAGCCAUGUUAUCCAGAUAUGGACUAUCGGCAGCAUUUCCUCUCUUUGCACUUCAGCUUUACAAGACGCUCGGUGUAGGAUGGGCGACGACGUUCCUGGCAUUUUGCACACUGGCUAUGGCACCUAUACCGUGGCUCUUCUGGCGAUACGGACCUCUGCUGCGGGCAAGGACGAAGUACGAGACAGCAGCCUAAGAAUACCAUUCGCAGAUACACUCCCGAUUGAGAUCAAUGCUGGGAUAUGGAAGUCUAUCGUCAUUCUAUGGUGUACGAUCGGCGAAUUGUAACCCUGGGAUUUGUGAAGAUUGUUUUGGGAUGCUCCAAUCCUCAGGUGUCGGAUGUCGACGUAGGCACAAAGCCUUUAGUACAAACUUAGGAGAGAAAGUUCGAUCAAACAUUCAGGUGUUCCGAUACGCACGUGAGAACAACUGCCGAUUAGGUUCUGGAGCUGAACGU